AGCGGACCAGCUUGAGCGGGUAACGCGCAGCCCUCGCAGUACAUGUUGCAGGAUGGACUGCGCAGGUCAUGGAAAGUGGCAGGUUGCUGCACGGUUUGGUGACGUGACACUGCCAUGCGUGAAUACAAGCUAGUGGUGCUCGGCUCAGGAGGGGUGGGCAAGUCGGCUCUGACAGUGCAGUUUGUUCAGGGCAUUUUUGUAGAAAAAUAUGACCCCACGAUAGAAGACUCCUACAGAAAGCAAGUGGAGGUGGACGGACAGCAAUGCAUGCUUGAAAUCCUGGACACAGCGGGCACAGAGCAGUUCACGGCAAUGAGGGACCUGUACAUGAAGAAUGGCCAAGGCUUCGCUCUGGUCUACUCCAUCACAGCUCAGUCCACAUUCAAUGACCUGCAGGACUUGAGGGAACAGAUUCUGCGAGUGAAGGACACAGAAGAUGUACCCAUGAUACUGGUGGGCAACAAGUGUGACCUGGAAGAGGAACGAGUUGUGGGCAAGGAACAGGGCCAGAAUCUGGCCCGACAGUGGAACCACUGUGCCUUUCUAGAGUCCUCGGCAAAAUCAAAGAUCAACGUUCUUGAGAUCUUCUAUGACCUGGUUAGACAGAUAAACAGGAAAACACCAGUGGAAAAGAAGAAGGCAAAAAAGAAAUCUAACUGUAUACUGCUCUAAUUUUCCAGGAUGCUGUAAUGAAGAAUUAUUGCUCUUCUGUUCUACUGGAGAAAAAAAAUGGUCAAGAAGUGAUAAAUACCACACCAGUUUGUCAGCAAGAUGGAAACCAGAGAGGAAUGAACAUAUCAGAGAUUAUCAGCAUUACUGCUGCUGCUGUUGUUGUUUCUAAUUACAGUAUAUGUUUGACUGAAAACCACCUUCAAUUCUGGGCUUUCAAAUCUGUGUCAUCUUUUUGUGUAUUUUGUUUUGCUUGAACAAAUGAAAUUUAUCAGCGAUAGUUUAUUAGAAAACCACGGAUAAGUGGAGUUCAGUUGUGUAAUAAGUUAACCCUUCAAGGAGAAUGGACAGAUUGGUUUAACUGUACAAAAUUUACUUCGUAAAUGUUUUCUUUGCAUCUGUGGAUAAUAUCAUAACCUAAUGCUGUUUUACUCGUAAUUUUUUUAAAUAUUUGAA